GUUUUGUUUAGAUUAAAAAUUUAAAUUUUUAAAAGAAAUGACUGCAAAUGGUUCUGAGAAAAAAGUUAAGCAUUCAAAUUUAAUAUGUUUGCCUGGCCAACGACUUUGUUUAUCAGAUGAAAACACUAUAGCCGGUCAGGGCACCUACGAACGUAUGGGAUACAUAUAUGCCACACUUGCCGGAACGGUGAAUAUACGGGAACACGACAAUUGCAAGUUCAUCGAGGUUCAAUGUGCUGGAAAUCAAACUAUAGUUCCAGUAGCUGGAGAUGUUGUCACUGCACGUGUUUUGCAAGUAAAUCAACGUUUUGCUAAAUGUUCCAUACUCAGUAUAGGAGAACACGUAUUGGAACAAAACUAUCGGGCUAUGCUGCGUAAAGAGGAUGUCAGGUCCACCGAAAAAGAUCGUGUUGAGAUGUAUAAAUCUUUUCGUCCUGGAGAUAUUAUAUUAGCCAGAGUAUUACCCCAAACCGAAUUGUCUUGCUAUCAAUUAAGUACUGCUGAAAAUGAAUUGGGAGUAGUGGUUGCAAUAGCUAGCGAAUGCGGUCCACAAAGUGCUCCUAUGGUUCCAGUAAGUUGGACGGAAAUGCAAUGUCCUAAUACGUUAGUUAAAGAGCCCCGCAAAGUUGCAAAAAUUGUUCCCGCAAGUGCUUUGAAAACAGAAAAAUCCUGAAUAUUUUAAGAACUCUUAUAAAUAAAAAUAAUUUAAUGCAGGCAA